AUGUCACUCAAAGGAGACCGUCUGAAGGAUGAGGGCUCGCGUUUGCAGGUCACGGCCGCGGGCGCCACAGCGGGGUUGAUUGCACGCUUCGUCAUCGCCCCCCUCGACGUCGUCAAGAUCCGCCUCCAACUCCAAACCCACUCCCUCUCCGACCCCCUCUCCCACCGCGACCUCCGCGGCGGACCCAUCUACAAAGGCACCCUGCCCACACUCCGACACAUCCUCCGCUCCGAAGGUCUCCCCGGCCUAUGGAAAGGCAACGUGCCCGCCGAACUCCUCUACAUCUGCUACAGCGCGGUACAAUUCACCACCUACCGCACCACCACCCAACUCCUCCGCGCCGCCUUCCACGACGACGACAACCCCAACCGCUCCGCCCUCCCCCAAUCCGCCGAAUCCUUCAUCGCCGGCGCCAUCGGCGGCGGCACCGCGACCGCGACUACCUAUCCGCUCGACCUGCUCCGCACGCGCUUCGCCGCGCAAGGCAACGACCGCGUCUACCCCGGCCUAACCCUCGCCAUCCGCCAAAUCGCCCACGACGAAGGCAUCCGGGGCUUCUUCCGCGGCCUGGGACCCGGCCUCGCCCAAAUCAUCCCCUACAUGGGCCUCUUCUUCGCAGCCUACGAGACCCUCCGCCCGCACCUCAGCGAGUUAGACCUGCCCUACAGUUCCGGCGGGGCGGUAGCGGGGACGAUGGCGAGUGUGAUGGCGAAGACGGGGACGUUUCCGUUGGAUUUGGUGCGCAAGCGGAUUCAGGUGCAGGGGCCGACGAGGGGGAGGUAUGUGCAUAAGAAUAUACCGGAGUAUGUGGGGGGCACGGUUGGGGCGGUGAGGACGAUUUGGAGGGUGGAAGGGGUCAGGGGGUUGUAUCGGGGGUUGACGGUUAGUUUGAUGAAGGCGGCGCCGGCGAGCGCGGUGACGAUGUGGACUUAUGAGAGGGCUUUGGGGUUUUAUAUGGGGUUGGGAGAGAAGAGGGAGGAGAGGCUGUAA